CACGCCCAGGGCGGGGGAUUGAACCAGCAACCCUCCGACUGCUAGACAACCGCUCUUACCUCCUGAGCUAUGUUGAAUGGUCCUACUGCACACCAUUCAGAACCUGUAUGACUGAAUUCCACGAAAGAUUGAAGCUAUUCCAUCAUUUGGUCCAGCCCCUGUAACUACUAGGGCAGAGACAGCGAAUUUGCAAGGCCAAAUUCCCCAGGGAGCCUACUUAUGAAAAUGGGUCAUAUAUUCUGAGCAGAGUAUUUGCCAUGUAAAUGAAUGUUGGAUACUCCCCAUUUAUGAAGCCCUCUCUCCCCUUUCAAGUCAGGAACACAAAGGUUGUUUUGAAAAAAUAUUGAUUGAUUGUAUCUAUGUUGAUAUCAGGGAAAUAAAUUCCACACAUGGGUUUGUAAAUGUACUCUGGCACUGCAAUGUUAUGGAUGAAUAACUAAUGAAGAUUAUUUUUAACCUGCUGGGACAAAUUAGCUCACCUAAGAGAAUGUUCUUCCCACUCUCAGAAAUCUGAGAUAUAAGAGAGAGAUAUAAUAGAAGAAUAUUAUUAUAUUUGUAAUAAAUGUAAACCACAUCAUCACAAAUGCUCCAGGCCCACAGACACCUCCACAUUGGACACUUAGCUACAUCAGCCAAUAAAAACAUUGGACAUGUAUGCAAAAUGGGCAUGCAUAUAUUUUAAAGAACGUAAUGAAUUUAAUGAAAGAUGAUAGAUUAAAUGGUUAGAUGAAAAAACACAGGGCCAAGUUACGUUAAAUAAUUUAGGGUAGCAGCAUUGCUUUAUAAUAUGGCUUGUUUAAUUUGUGUGAGCUAAAAUAGCCUUGUAACUUGGCCUAAUUUUGAUAUUGCUACUUUUAAUGGCAGGCCUAGAUUUAGAAUGUUUUAAUGGCUUAUAGACAGUGCUUUGUAUUUGUGAGUAACUUUUUUUUUUUGUAUGUUGAAAACGUGUUUUUCUUCAGGUCUCGUUUUACUAUAGCAGAUGCAGUUAUUUAACAAGUAUGUGUGAUUUAUGCAUGUAUGUCUGAUGUCAGUUAAACACAAACACAUCAGUGAGGAAGUGCUGUAAAAAAAUAUGGAAUUUGAAUUUAUCGAGCCACGUCCUGACGGAAGCAAAUUACAGCUGGAAACAAAUUACCUGAAAGAGAUCACGAAAGAAAGAGAGAAAUAGAAUGAGAGGUGAGUUUACCUGACAGUCGGUUCAUGUUCUAAUUCAAAUCCAUCUUACAUUAAAGUCACAAGAUAUUUGAAAGAGAGGAAGCCUGAUUCCAUGACUACAUAAUGAUAUGUGUUCUCCCACAUAAUACAACACUAUUCAUCUGUGAUGAAGAAAAUUUUUUUAUGCCAGGGGCAGUGCUGUGGCACACUUAGCAUGGGAAAUACGGAAUUUAAGGAAAGGUAUUCUUUGUAUCUGAGUCACCUACCCUUUGAAUGCACCUGCUCUGAUAAAAUAACCUUUUUUGGUACAUACACAAUGCGUGAAUAUUUUCCAUAUUACUGAUGUCUUCAGGCUUUCAGGUUUGCUGAGUGCAUAUUGUAAAUGUUCUCACCACCCUGUUCUUUUAUAUUUUGAAAUAUUUUCAUAUAUCGCAAUGACAUCACUACUAUGACAGAGUGCCUGUUUCAGCCACUUUCUCAAAAGUUCCAACAUCAGUCGAUGGAAAAUGGACACAGGAAACAGUUAUGAAUCUUGCCAAGAGAGAAAGUAACAGCAAUAUCUCAAGACGAAUACUAGAGAGAAAAAUAAGACAUUGUGGAUACCUGUUUACAUUGACAAUUCUUUGCUUAUGCCGAUCAUUUCCCAUUCAGUAUGAAAAUAUGAAAAUUAGCACAUUCAAAUUGCAUAUCCUUUGGGGAUACAGGUUUUAAAUUCCAGACAAAGCAUGUUGAAUGCAGGUUUUUUAAUUUUUUAGAAACAGUCACAUGGAAUUUCUUGCGAAUUGUUCCCUCCCACAAAUUGCAGGAGGUGACACAUUUCUAGCCAUAUAUAAGUAGAUAUUCAGGUAAUUUCAAUUGCCAACACAGCACUAGUGUCUAGUCUAGAGUUUAGUGUACCUGUGGUAAUUUGUCCAGAACGGAUUGACACCAGGCAAUUCGAGUUUGAAAGAUGUGGUUUCUUAAAGAAUCAUCUGAAAGCAAGGAACGUGUUCGGCUUUCUAAGUCACUCAGUGAAGGAGAGGUUAAAUAUGUGCAAGAGAGAAUGGUGAUUGUUGAGAAAUGCCUAAAGGACCAUGGAAUCAAAUGUGGAUCGAAUAAUGUCCCUCGCAUUGCUGUUCUGGGUUCAGGUGGGGGGCAGAGGGCCAUGGUUGGCCUACUGGGCUGCCUGGACCAGAUGUAUCAUGCAAAGCUACUUGACUGUGCCCUCUACCUGUGCGGAGUCUCGGGAUCAACCUGGUGUAUGACCUCAAUGUAUGAAGAUCCUGCCUGGUCCACAAAAGUUCCCAGUAUAAUUGAAAGUCUGGUCAAGAGAUUAACAGAGACUGAUAUCGAUCUGUCAGAAUUAACAAAUUGGUUGUCUCAAGCAAUUGAAGAUGAAAACUUCUCCCUAACGGACUUCUGGGCUGCUACUGUAGUUUAUGGCUUUGUGAAAAAGAUAAACACCACCUGUCUCUCAGAUUUGAAAAAUAUGAAACCAACAAACCCAUACCCCAUCUACACGGUGAAUGACCAGGGUCUAAAAGACAAGGGGGAUAAAGUAGCCUGCUGGUUUGAGCUCAGUCCUCAUGAAGUUGGUUAUUCUCAUCUGGGCGCCUAUGUGGACACGUCCACCUGCAGGAGCCAGUUUGAAGGCGGGGUGCUCAAGCAGAGAACCUCAGAGAGGGACAUGCUGUAUUUGCAAGGUCUGUGUGGCAGUGCACUGGCAGAUGGGGAGGAAAACGUCAACCAUAUUAAGAACAGCAUUUGGCAGUGGCUUAAGGAAAUUUACAAAUCAGGAAGUGAACAAAAAGCAAAGGAUUCUGCUGAAAAAACAAAAAAACAAAAAGGAAAACCGAAAGGAAAGGGAAAAGGAAAAGAGAUGGAAAAAGGGAAAGAAAAUGAAAAGAAAAAAGGAACGGAUAAAGAAAAAGUUAUAGAAAAAGGGAAAGAAAAAGAAAAGGAAAAAGGAACGGAUAAAGAAAAAGGAACAGAAAAAGGGAAAGAAAAAGAAAAGGAAAAAGAAAAAGAAGAAAAGGAAGGAGGUUCCUUCUUCGGUCACCUGCUUGGGUAUGACGAUGAAGAAAAAGAAAAAAAGGAAGAAAAAGAAGAAGGAGGUUCUUUCUUUGGCCGCAUUCUAGGGUAUGGAAAUGAGGAAAAAGAAGAAGAAAAAGAAGAAAAAAAAGAAGAAAGCAAGGCAGAAGAAAAGGGAGGUUUCUUCAGUCGUAUUCUCGGGUAUGGAGAUGAUGAAAAAGAAGACAAAGAAGAAGACAAAAAAGAAGAAGAUGAUGAUGAUGAAAAAGGAGGUUUCUUCAGUCGUAUUCUCGGGUAUGGACAUGACAAAGAAGAAGACAAAAAAGAAGAAGAAGAUGAUGAUGAUGAAGAAGGAGGUUCUUUCUUCAGUACCAUAACAGGCACAAUUUACGAUUAUGUCCAUCUGGACGACAUGGCAAGUGAAACGGUGGAAAGUAUACUACACCUGUUUGACUGUGAUGAUGAGGAGGAGAGCGCCCAGCACGUGCAGAAAAUACAUAAGAACAUGUCAGGCGUAGAUUCGGAACAUGCCAAGAAACCUGAGAAAAACAUGGCGGGAAAGAGCAAAGAGGAGAAACAUGAGUCUCUUGCAGAGUAUGCUGUUGAUGCAUUCAGCGCAUUCCAAAAUUUUUUGCCUGGUUUAUCAAAUGUUACCAAGAUAAAGAUGAACAAGCAUCCACAGGCUGGCAGAGCUGCAGUCCCUCAUAGAAAGGCCUGUGUCUGUGUCACUUUAGAAACCAAGGUUCCAGACGAUAUGCUGUCAGAUGAGCGCAGUUAUCUGGAAGACGCGGGGCUUGUGCUGAACUCUCCGUAUGUGGCUGCUCUUCGGCCUGAGAGGAAUGUGAAACUCAUCCUGUCCUUUGAUUUCAGUGCCGGGGAUCCAUUCAUGACUGUGGUUCAGGCUGCUGAACACUGCAAGCACACGGGCAUUCCCUUCCCCCCAGUGGAAGUUCCAGACGAAGACAGGAAACAUCCGAAGGACUUCUAUGUGUUCAAGAGUGAAAACACUCCCACUGUCAUCCACAUUCCACUCUUCAACAUGGUCAACUGCAAAGGAGAUGUCGAUAAGUGGAGGGAGACGUAUCCAACAUUCAGGCCAGCCUACGACAGAGAAACGAUGGAGGAAUUAAUACGGGUGUCGGGCCUGAAUGUGAUAAACAACAAGGAAAAAAUCUUUAAAGAAAUUGCAGCUUUGUGCAAGUGAAAAUCCAUCUAACAGGCCUCAGACAGGGAGGUACCCUAAUUUAAAAAUAAAGUUAAUAAAGUGAGAUCAAACUAAUUCAGAAUAUACAGCACCACCAUCUUUUGACUCCACUCACUGUUUGUAAAAAAACAGCUAGCUGAGUAUCAGUGUUUAGCUGUUUAGCGAGUCAUCCCUCAUUCUCACAGGUGGUUUUUAGUCUUCUUGUCUUCCAAAUCCAAGUAGUCUUUACACUUCCUUCCCUGUCAGGUUGAUCCAUGAGUACAGAUGGAACACAGUGACAAAUUAAAUCGAUAGUCUGAAGAGAUUAUUUUUAAGUAUCUAAUAGCUUAAUUAAAGAUGGCAUCCUGCUGGCAAUCUAUUCUUUCUUUCUUAGCACUGGUGUCACUGUGUUUUAUUUAUAUUUACAACACAGUUUUUUCUUCAGAAUAUCAAGCAUUUGCAAGCAAGAACCUGAACAGUUGAAGUUCUUCACAAUCUUAAGUGAAAGUCUGGACCUAUGCUUUGCCCCUGAAACAUGUACCUGAAUUUCUUUCCUUGGGUGUGUUUAUUCAUUUGUGCGAUCCAUAGUCCUUGUUAGGGAAGAUUCUUUUCUACUGCUGUAUCUGACUUUGGAUUGUUACAUCUGACUGGAAGUGACUGCAUUUCCCUGUAAUCUUUCACAUUUGAUACUCAAUUAAUUGUAAUGGUCUGUGCAAGUCUAGCCUGGUAACUUCACAGAAGCACUCAUCAAGCGCUUGUGAGAUUUAAUCUGGUGAAUGCCACAGCCAAAAGUUCAUGUAAUUAACUUCAACUGAAUAAAGCAUUUUAUUCUACCAGA